CUAACAUCUAAUUGUAUACCAUAAUCUUCAAAAUAAAUAAUGUAAAGUAUAAGAACCAGGCUGAAAACAAAACACAUUAGUAAUUUCUAAGAAUCUACAAAGAUGGUUUCUAAAAUCAUUAUUGCAUUUUGCUUCGUGGCGGUAGUAGCAGCUAUUCCAGCCCAGCCUGGUUGGGGCGGAGGUGGUGGAGCUGGUGUCUUUUUACCACCCUGGAUAUCAUCGGCUCCCUGGUUUCCUCAAUGGACCCCUUGCACCACUGUUGGCAGCUCCUGCUCUGAUUGUUCAACUAAAAUAGUAUGUACCAAGAUCGGUGGACUACAAAGAACUUGCUCAGAUCCUACAAAGCCGUAUUGCAAUCUCGGUGAAUGCUCAGCAACCCCGUCUGAAGAGUGCUCAGCACCAGUUGUACCAGAAAAUGCAGCGUAAUACCACGCAUAUCAUAUUAAAUGGACUAAUAACAAAAGAAUCUGAUUUUAACAAUGCUUAUUUCCUUAUAAAAAUGUUUACUAUUACAGUUUGUACAAGUUUUUGUAUUUAUAGUUUAAAUUAUAUUCUUCUAACAAAUGUGUAUCAAAUGUCAAAAAAUUAUUUUAUCGAACUAAAAAUUGGAGUUAUUUAAUUAAAUUUAAUCUAAAUUGUUGUUAUGAGGUAUUAAAAAAUGCAAGAUAAAGAGCAAUGUUUCAUUCUAACCAUUGGUUUACAUAUUUUGUAAGGCUUUGGAAGAUAUUAAACAUUAUGCGGAUAAUU